GGGAGGGCUGUGCGGGAUGGCGGGGCCUGGCGCCGCGGCCACUGCUCUGUGCUCCGCCCCGGGGGGUGGGCACUGACUGAGGGGAGAGGGACGGAGAGAGAGAGAGAGAGGCUCAGGCCGAGGCCGAGGCCUGGAGUCCGAGGCCGACAGGACCAUGUUGUGGCAGCAGGUACGUGGGGACAAGUUGGCCGUUUGUGCGUCGGAUCUAAUUUACAGCUGAUUGCACCUGUGUGUGGACUCGGUAGCCAUGGAAACUGGCGGCCGCGGAGAGACAGCUGGAACAAAGGCUUUGUCUGCCGGCCGCGGGGAAGUUGCCGGAGGGAACCAGGCCCAGGGGACAGCUGUGGACGCGCCAUCUGAGUGCACUGAUGCCACUGUUGCUGAGCAGUCGUCUGGGAAGCUGAAGAAAACGGCGUUCAAACUGUUCGGAGGGAGGAAGAGCAUUUGCACACUACCGAGCUUCUUCACGGCAAAGAACAAAGGACAGGGAAAGGGGUCGUCCAGAAAGGGAAUCAGUAAGAGCAAAACCCACGACGGGAUAAGCGAAGCGGGGCACGGAAACAGACAGAAGGAAGGGAGCGAGAGAUGUGCUGAUAAUCUGUCGAGCGGGGACACUAAUUCCCCUGGUCGUAGCUUUCCCGCGGGCAGAAGCUUGUGCAUCUCCAGAAGUGAGCACACUGCACUCGAUCCCUGCGUGAAGUCUGAUCUCCUUAAAGGUGAAGCGCUCCAGCCGCAGAACCCCGAAGGCUUUGUUCAGAAGCGGAGCGCGGACAAGUCUUUGGCCGCCGGCAGAUCAAAGAAAGGAUUGAGGGGGCUUUUCAACAGCAUCAGGCGCCACAAAAAGAACAAAGCUGCCGAUUCUGUUAAAGAGGAGCCGCUGGAACUACAGCUUGAUAGCAAGCAGCCCGAUGUUGACGUUGCACACGGGGAACAAGUGACUGUGGACCCUUGCAGCGUACGAGCUGAAUUUAAGAAGGACUUGGCCGAGGAGAGUAUGCUACAAGCUUCCUGUAAGAUGAACAGCUCGGGCACCAGCGAUCCUGCGAAUAGAACCGGGGCCACGAGUUACGGAAACUCUCCGCCCGAACCUCACGCCCUCAAAGCAAGACCCGGACACGCUUUAAAGACGAAGACGAGGGACUUUAGGUCGUCCGGCACGGAGGUACGGGCAGCCCACCUGGGUGAAGUUCAGACUUCGCACAGUGGUAAGGCAGGUGCUGCCGCUCUUCACAUGAACUUUAGCUGCGGCAGCAUGCCUGACAUUGUCAAGCCCGAGUACACGGACCACGAUCCAUCAUCGGGGCACUCCUUUGAUCAGAUCAGCUUGGCCUUUGGCGACGUGACGUCCCUGAAGAGUUUCGACUCCCUCACGGGCUGCGGGGACAUCAUUGCUGACCACGACGACGAUAGCCUGGCCGAGAGCACCAUGUCGGGCGAGCGAGGCAGAGCCGGGGCCAAGCGCAGCUCCUGCCUGGUCACGUACCAGGGCGGCGGGGAGGAGAUGGCCACUCCAGACGAGGUGGAUGACACCUACCUCCGGGAGCUGUGGGAGAAGGCGGCUCCGGCAGCCACCAACUACGACUCCGGGCGGCACGCAGUGGAGGACGACUCCGACGACUUGCUGUUGUCGCCCAGCGAGCACGAGUGUUCAGGGCUGCACAUCAGCCUGGCCGACCCCGGCAUCCCCCGAGGGAUUGCGGACAGCGCUAUCAACAGCAGCGAGCUGGUCACCCCGCAGAGCGACCACCAAGAAUCGGCGCCGAACAGCGACGAGGGCUACUACGACUCCACCACCCCAGGGCACGACGAGGAAGGGGGCGACACCAUCGGCCAGAGCCAAAAGGAACGACUGCCGAGGGACAGCUACAGCGGCGACGCUCUGUACGAGCUCUUCGUCGAGCCGGACGACAGCCUGACGACUUCCCCGCCGAGCGACGAGACGUCUUUCGAGACGAAAUCUCCGCCUUUCGAAAGCAUGUUCCCGCCCUUUUCGAGUUACGCCGCUCGCGGCGACCGGGACGCUGCGUUCUCCGCAGAACGGGAGAAGUAUCUGGCAGAUCAUCAGGCCCGCUGGCAGCCGAACGCAAAGAAUCCGCAGCCCAAAAAGGGAUCGGGCUUCAAGGAAAAGGAGAAGUUUCCAAGCGAACUGUACGAGGCUGAAUUCGAUCGCAAGGUCGACCUAGGAACUGUCCACCUGAUGGCCAAAAUGCAGCAGGUGUACGCGAGCGUGGAACCACUUGCGUCGCACACUUCGAGCAGACGUGCGAAGGCGAAAGAUCAUUACUUCCCCGACGCAGUCGACGAGCAGAACUGGUCUGGUCUCCAGGGGGUGAGCUGCCUCAGAGAACCCGAUCACAAGCACGCAGGCAGCAGGCAGAGCGCUCACGGGAGCCACAGCUGCGGAAGGGUUCACAGUAAGUUGGCGGCAGCGGCGAACGGCGGUUACGAGUCUAACGGGGAAAAGCGCAGAAGCCAACUCGCUGAAAAGAGUGGGAGCACUCAGGAUAAAUGUGAACAAGCCAUCAGUUACUCCCAGGCUCUGGUUGAAUUCACAGCCAACAGAAAACUUUUCCCCAACCUCUCCGAAACUCUCGGGAGCUCCGAGUCGAGCUCUUCGUUCACACAGAAUAUCCACGCACUGCCGACCAUGGUCACCUUCGAUGUCGUUGACGUCGAAAACGAGGGGGAAUGCGAUCAGCAGAGUGAGAUGGUCACCGACGAGGAGAUUUCGGCAUCUUACGAGGCCUUCGACGACAAUUAUCACGACUGUGAUGACAGGAUAUUACAGAUGGGCGCCCAGAAUCCAUUCCUCGGCAAUGCCUGGGGCGCUACCAGUCUUCCCCGGCACGUUAAUCUUUAUAAACUAGGCCCGUCGUCGCCAGCUCCACUGUCCUAUAACAGAAGGAGCAGGUCUCUCGAUACGGACAGCUUGGAAUCUGAACUCACUGACUUGUAUCUGUCAAAGGUCACGGCAGUGUCUAAGAGCACCCCUCAGUCUCCUGAAGCAUCUCCAUGUGAGCGGGAUGGCAGAAAAGCUUCCACCCUUUAUUGGCUCGGCAGUUGUAAAAGAAACUGCCAGGCGGGUUCUUUGGAAAGUGGAGAGAAUACGUCCUCUCCAAACCGUUCGGGGCUGAAGCUCGCUAAAUACAAGGACGUUCCUUUGUCUCCCAGGCGUAAGAGAAACUCUUCUUCACCUCGGUCUUUCUGCCCCCCAGAUACAGCCGCAGGAGAACAACACACUGUUGGCCGUGUUGAGGAUUCAGGUUUACGCUAUAAACCCAAUGGCGUUAAGCCGCCAACUCAAAGCCAGUCUACUUUUAAAAGGACUCCAGAAGGGGCCACGAACACCGUGCCUCAGAACCCUAGGAAAAUGGUCAGACCAUCUCACCUACCUUUGCAGAACGAGCCCUGUCGGAUGCAGCCGGUGACUGGGGUGAUCAGCUUUUCAAGGGAAAACACCAACGGGAAGGUGGCUUGCAUCUCGCCCUUAAAGGAGAAACAGGAGGGUGUUUUUUACAAGACUUCGACUGCGAGUCAGUACUCCGACUCUGACUUUCAGGUGAAGAAAUGCAAACCUGCAGGGAUUCCUCAGGUGGUGUCUCCGUUUCACGCCAACAGUGCGGAAAGUGUCAAGUGCACCGCACAUUCUUCUGGACACUACGGAACUGCCAACAGCAGCAUGUUUAAAGGGAGAGGCAAUCUCGCAAUGAAGGUUCCUGUUGGAUGGAAUCAAAACACUACGAUGGACGUGUAGUUUUUGACAUUUGAGA